AUGUCCGAUUUGGAAAGACCUCCCUUUCCUAUUGAGGCUGAAAAGGCCGAUCUAGAAAAGGUCGACCUUGAGACCUCUUCAGGCGAUGGCAAAGCCGACAGCUCGGGAAUCAUCAACAUUGAGCGUGCUCGGCUGCUGGCGAACCUGCCAGACCCCGACGCAGGCAAGAGUGAAGAGGAACGCCGCGAGAUUGAUAAGAAGCUUAUGUGGAAAGUUGACCUAUGGCUCAUUCCCUGGCUUUCUUUCCUCUAUCUACUAUCCUUCCUUGAUCGUACCAACAUUGGCAAUGCCCGUCUAGCUGGCCUCGAAGACAACCUCAACAUGAAAUCUGGAGACUACAAUAACUCUCUCACCAUCUUCUUCGUCAGCUAUGCCCUUGUUGAGCCUAUUACAAACGCCCUACUUAAGAAACUUACACCUCGAAUCUUCUUUAUAAUUGUUAUUAUCGCCUGGGGUACUAUUAUGACUCUUAUGAGUCUUGUACACAAUAAUUCUGGACUGCUUACAGCCCGGUUUUUCCUUGGUGUUGCUGAGGCUGGCCUAUUCCCAGGUGUUAACUAUUACCUUUCCUGCUGGUAUAAAAGUUCUGAGAUUGGUGUCCGGUCUUCCAUCUUCUUUUCAGCUGCUGCUCUAGCUGGCUCCUUUGGUGGUCUACUUGCAGCUGCUAUUGCCAAGAUGGACGGAAUCAGUGGCAAACCUGGCUGGGCCUGGAUUUUCAUCCUUGAAGGUCUAGCCACUGUUGUUGCUGGAGAUCGCAUCCGUGUCCAGCGCCGCAUUAUUAUGGACCGCCAGGGUCUUACCGCCGACGAUUUUGAUAAGAGGCACAUCUAUGCAGCUCUGAAAGACUGGAAGACAUAUGGAUAUAUGGUUAUCUAUAUGGGCUGCCUUACACCUCUUUAUGCUUUCUCCCUCUUCCUCCCUACUAUUCUCUGUGGUAUGGGCCACCAGGGCACUAAGGCUCAACUUCUCUCUGUCCCUCCAUAUGCUGUUGCUGCCGCUUUAACCAUCGCUGUUGGUUUCUAUGCUGACCGGUCCCGCCACCGUGGAUACUCAGUCUUCCUAGGAGCUGCAGGUAUUUACCCUACAAUUCCAAACACCUUAUCAUGGGUUAACAACAAUACUGAGGGCUCCUUAAAGCGCGCAUUUGUGUUGGGUAUGGUGGUGGGCUGGGGCAACCUGAAUGGUGUCACAUCAUCCAACAUAUACUUAACGCGCGAAAAUCCUCGCUUCUGGACUGGCCAUGGCGUUAUUCUUGGCUAUCAGGUCUUUUUCUUGCUUUCUGGGUCAGUUUUCAUGCAUUUUGCCCUCCGGAAGAUGAAUAAGGACCGCAGGGCUGGCAAGAUGGAUGAGGUAUGGAGCACCCUCACGGACGACCAGAAGUGGAUCCAGGGCGAUGUUCGCCCUGACUUCCGGUAUACUCUGUAA